CCUUUUCAGAUCGCAAGUUGCAAGCCACAUCAUUUCGUACAGAGUCCGAAUCAAUCCUUCUCUCCUUUCUAUCUUUCUCUUUAUUUAUUAAUGAGUUGAGUGUUGAGGGAAGAAGAACUCUGCUACUGUUUUCUUUGUGCCUUAUAAUUAUUUCACUAGUUCUUUUUAGAUCUUCAACCUCUGCAUGCAUGGAGACUUCUAACGCUUACUACCAGACAAUGGCAGCAGGACAUGGAGUCGAGGAAACAGCAGCGAGAUGCGCUAAGACCCAACAGCUACAGCAAGCACAAGAGAGAAAACUGAGGCUUUCUCCCACAGAGCAAGCCCUGCAGUGCCCUAGGUGUGCCUCCACCAACACCAAGUUCUGCUACUACAACAACUACAGCCUCUCCCAGCCCAGGCACUUCUGCAAGGGCUGCAGGAGGUACUGGACUCAAGGAGGCUCCCUCAGAAACGUCCCUGUGCGUGGUGGUUGCAGAAAGCACAAGAAACAUUCAUCUUCUUCUUCUUCAUCAUCCUCCUCUUCCACUUCCAAGAAGGCAUCAUCGGAGCAGGAUCUCAGUAGCAGCACCACUGCCCUAGUCCCUCCGCCAAACCUGUAUUUUGCUGGCCAGCCACCGACCAAGCAGUUGGUGGGCACUAGUGGUUUUCUAGAUAUGCUAAGGAGUGGGUCGGUGGACAGUGCAGCUGCUGUUGGUGGUGGUGGUGCUGCUGCUGGCCAUAGCAGCUUUGGCAGCGUGUACUGUGGUGGGGAGGAGACUGCAGAGUUGUGGUUCGAGAAUACUCAAGCUGCAAGCCCUUCCACUAUCAACAACUAUCUGACAUGGCAGGAUGCAGCAGGGAGCAUAUUGUUGGAUUGCAGCUGGAGUGGUAAUGCAGCUGUUGGCAAUUCUUGGCAGGGGUUGAUCAAUACAUCUCUGCUGUGAAUUAAUCAAGCGAAAAGUUAGCUAAGUUGGCUACGAGUUGCUCUUUCCUCUAGAAUAUCAAGUUGUGUGUUUUGGAGACUCAUACUGUCAUAUGCAUCCUUUGAUAUUAAUUACUACGAGCGUUUGUCA